AAACCCCUUCACUACAGACCGACAGUAUAAUUCAAAUUUUCAAGAGCAGCAAGACUGAUCGCAUUGAAUAAAAUGUUUGAUAUGUUUAUUUUCUUGUUUUCAUGGAGCCUGGCUGGUGUGUUUGGUGAUGAUGCAGUGAAGUUAGAGUCAGUGAUGGAGGGAGAAUCAGUCACGCUAAACCCUGAUGUUAAUACAAUUAAUGAGCUACGGUGGAGCUUUAUACACAACAACAAGAAGAUUCUCAUCGCUAUUAUCGACAGACAGAAUGAAAAGAGACCCGUUUAUGAUGAUGUUCUUGGUGGGAGAUUCAAAGACAGACUGAAGCUGGAUCAGACUGGAUCUCUGAUCAUCACAAACACCAGAACCACAGACUCUGGAGAAUAUUCAGUAACCGGAGAACAAAAAGAGAAGCCGUUCAGCAUAUUCAAUCUCACUGUCUACGCUCGUCUGCCUGUUCCUGUCAUCAGCCACUCUUCACAAAAUUCAUCAUCAUCUUCAUCACAGCAGAAUUGUUCAUUCCUGUGUUCAGUGGUGAAUGUGAGUGAUGUGACUCUCUCCUGGUACAAAGGAAACAGUUCAUUCUCCAGCAUCAGUGUGUCUGAUCUCAGCAGAAGUCUUUCUUUACAUCUGGAGUGUCUGGAUGAUUUCUACAGCUGUGUGGUGAACAAUCCCAUCAGAAACCAGACCACACAUCUCAACACUGAACUCUGUCAGACAUGUUCAGGCUUUGUAUCUCAGACAGUGCUGAUUUCUGCUGCUGCAGCUGGUGGUGGUUUUCUGUUGAUUGUAGCUGCAGUCGGGAUCUUCUGCAUCUGCAGAAAAACUGACCAAGAAGUUCAGACCUAUGACAGGGAGAUCACUUACGCUGAUCCUACAUUCUACAAAAGACAUAAAUCGAGGGUUAAAGAGCAGGAUAAUGUGGUGUACGCAGGAGUGCAACGUUGAUGAACUCUGGAUCAAAAUCUGAUUUUUAUUUUGGGUUAGUAGUUUUUUACACCUCAAAUACAGGACAGAAGAUGGAAUCACAUAAUACAAAUGUGAAGACAGUGUGCAUAAAUCUGAUUAAGUCAUAGCACUCUUAAAAUUAAAGGUUUAAUUUUUAUUUUUUUUGCAGUAAUGCCAAUGAGCAGUGCUCCUUAGAGCCUGGAUUUGGAUUUUGUUCUGGGGAUAGAAAUUAAGUUUUGGACAAAAUCAGCCCAUCUGGCCUAUAUGAUUUCCCCAUAAAUGGGGUUAAGUCCUUAAAUUGCAGCAGCAAAUAAAUGUACAGAAUAAAAUAAGACAGAAAAAAAUAUAAUUUUGAAUAUACUGCAAAUGACAAAAUUAUGUUAAAAAAAGUUCUCAAAUUUUUUUCUCACAUAGAAAUGUACAUUUGUAAAGCGAGGAUUCAGUAGGGUAAAUUUACAAUAAGGAGGAAAAGGAGGAGGAGGAGGAAAAAGAAGAUGAAGAUGAGGAGGAGGAGGUCGAAGAGGCCAUGCAUGGACCCCUAUUUCUGAUGAUAUAAGAGCAACUUUGGUGGUCAUCAACCAUGGCCUGAUUGUGAGGGAAGCUGGGCAGAGAGUCCACCCACACGCCGCAUGUCUAUUCUGCAGGCAAUGGAACAGACCUGUGAUGACAUUUAGGUGACAGCAAUCCAUGCAAGGGGAUAUUUUCCCCGGUGCCUAGCGGGAGAAAACAUUGCUUGCGAUGUCAAUGAGGCCAACAGACGGCGGGAUCCACGAGCUCACGAAUGCACAAUUUUUAUUUUAUUUUUACUUUAUCUGAAUUCAUGUUACUGCUAUCUACAGUGCUGCAAUGUACAAUAUUGACCAGGCCUAUUUGCAUUUUUGGUUGUUUGAAAAUGUGCCUCCUGAAAACAUGCCUUCUGAAUAAACAGUGAAAAUCAAAGACUGCAGUGUUUUAUAUAAAGUAGACUAGUGUGUUCCCCCUGAUCUGAAAGUGUAUGCAUAAGAUGCAAGUAUGUCCUUUUGUCAUCAGAGUUACAUUUUGACAAAGGAAUGUUAGGUUUUGAUAGCAGAGUUUAGGUUUUGAUAGUAGAGCUUCAAUUUGACACAGAUGUGAAUGGUAUAUUUCCCAGUGUUGUGUCAUGUUUACUUGUGUGUAGAGUUUUGGCACAAUGAGCGAAGUUUUGUAAAAUGUGUUCAAGCAACGGGCAAAAACUGUAAUAAUAUUGGGCUGUGUGUCUCUUUUGAUAGAGUGACUCUGCUGGAGCGCCACCUACUGGAUAAACAUGUAAUUUCACUAUCAGCUCCUCUCACUGUUGAUAUUAUUUAGUGAUUUACUUUCUUUACAAAGUAUAUAUUUCAUAUAUAUAUAUAUAUAUAUAUAUAUAUAUAUAUAUAUAUAUAUAUAUA